AUUUUUGGGUUUUGUCCAACACAAAGUACCUGUUUCUGUACAAAUAUUGAAAAAAAAACCCGUCUUUCUCUCCUUCUCUCUCUAUUUCUCUCUCACUAUGGUCUAGAGAGAGAAAAGAGCGGGACUUGAAAAUCUUUUUUCUUUCUCAUGGGGUCUCAAGAUUUUUUUUCAUCCAAGUAGUAUUCGACAUCAACUUUCGUCCCGCCAAAAACCCACCUGAAUAUCACUGCCCUUUUGCUAUAAUCGCAUCGUGAAGGGUCUGAAAAAUAUACAAAACGAUGGCAGGAUGGUUGAAGAGAGAGAAUGAGUCUAGCGUAGAAGAAAGCUUGGGUGCUCCUCAGAAAACCGAGGUUUGUUCCGAUUCUGAAAACGAAAACAAUAGCGAUAAGAAGCUUAAGUCCUUGUUCGAUGAGUUUCUCGUGGUUUUCUUGAAAGAAGUUUCCGGCAUUUCUUGUUUUAGGCCACUGCCACCGCUGAUUGGUGAAGGGGAGGAAGUUGAUUUGUUUAAGCUUCACGUUGUUGUAAGAAAGAGAGGUGGAUAUCGUGGUGUAUCAGAGAACGGGUUGUGGAGUUUAGUGGCAAAAGAUUGUGGAUUCGAAUUGAGAACUGGGGCGGCUCUGAAGUUGGUUUAUGUUAAGUAUUUGGAUACAUUGGACAGAUGGUUGAGGAAGGCUGUUAAGGAUCAACAGAGGGCCGAGACUGGUGCCCAAGAAACUUAUCUUGGUUUCAGUGGGCUUUUGAUGGAGUUGGAGUCGGAUUUGAAGGUGUUUAUGCCGGAUAAAAUCAAGAAAGGUGAGAAGUUUGUGGAAUACAAGAAGAGUGCAUUGGGAAGUGGUGGCGAGGAUUUUGUGGAAUUAAAUAUGGAUGUUAAGAGUGUUGAUAAGAAGUCAAGUAGAGAAAACAGAGAAGGUAAUGUAAAUGCUGAUGAGAAACAAUGUGUCGAAAAAGGUGGCUGCGUUAUUGAUCCGGCAACCGAGGAUGACCCUGUCAGUCGGAAAAGGAAGCGCGAAUGCUAUAUGAGCAUGCUGAAUUGGAUUAGAGAAGUUGCAAGAGAUCCUUGUGAUCCUGCUAUUGGGCUGUUACCUGAAAGGCAUAAGUGGAAGUAUUAUGGGAGUGAACUGCAGUGGAAGCAGAUUCUCAUGGUUCGAGAGGAAAUGCUUUUGAAAAGGAAUGUUGAUACAAGUCCUCAACAGUCAGUUUGGCAGAAGAAGCAAAAGAUGCACCCAAGCCUGUAUGAUAAUUAUCAAUGCAGUUCCGAGAGGUUGAGAUGCAGCCAGCGGCUCCUUUCUGCCAAGGAUCCUUCUCGCAAGGCACGGGAACGACUUAAUCUCGAGUCAUCUUCCUCAGAUUGCGAGAGUGAUGAUGAUUCAGCUGAUAAACCAUCUGAUCCAACAGCUAAUUCUGCUGGUUUUUGGGGCAAGCAUCGCCAGAAGCGAAUUCCCAUAGGUACACCUUUUCAAGCAGAUUUGCCAGAGUUCUGUGCAGCUGAUUAUGAAAGUGAUUCUAAAUGGUUGGGUACCAAAAUCUGGCCACUGGAUAAAGGAGCACAGAAGAAAAGCUUGAUUGAAAGGGAUCGUAUUGGAAAGGGAAGACAAGAAAUUUGUGGCUGUCAGUUUCCCGGCUCUCCUGAAUGUGUGAGAUUCCAUGUUCGGGAGAAGCGGAGGAAAGUAAAGCUUGAACUGGACUCUGCUUUUUACAGGUGGAAAUUUGAUGGCAUGGGGGAGGAUGUUGCACUCUCCUGGACAAAAGAAGAUGAGAAGAAAUUCCAGGAAAUAGUGGAGUCAAACCGUUUAUCAUUGGAAAAAUAUUUCUGGGAUGAACUUUUCAAGUUUUUUCCUAACAAAGGCAGGGAGGUUCUGGUGAGCUACUACUUCAAUGUUUUUCUCCUCCGGCGCAGAGGGCAGCAGAAUAGAAGCAGCACAAGCAAGAUUGACAGUGACGAUGAGGAGUCUGAAUUCGGACCAAUCGCCAAUAAGUUUGGUCAAAUUGCUGCUAAAUCUCCAGGCUCCAUCUUUUGUUCCCCAAAGAAAUCUCAUUCGAAUAGCAGAUAGCUUUUCAAAGACUUGUUACAGUGUUGUUAGAUGAUGUAAAUCUGCAGCAGUUUUUUGGUCGAAAGAAUGUUGUUUUUUUGGCUGUCACCAUCAACAAUCAACUUUUUGAUGCCAUCUGCAGCCGUAUAUCUGAUGACUAUAAAUACAUCUAGCCUGGCGAUGCAUAGGAACAUAGUCACAAGGUUAGUGCAACUCUUGAGCUGAUCAGCUCCCAUUUUGUUCUUUUUGUAUGUCAGUCUUUCUCAAAUAUCAACUUAUUAUGAAUA